AUGGGGAACAUGGAUGGGAAAUCCGUGGAAGAACUGAGUGCCACCGAGUGCCACCAGUGGUACAAGAAGUUCAUGACGGAGUGUCCCUCGGGCCAGCUCACCCUGCAUGAGUUCAAGCAGUUUUUUGGUUUGAAAAAUCUGAGUCCAGCAUCAAACAAAUACAUUGAGCAAAUGUUUGAGACAUUUGACUUUAAUAAGGAUGGCUACAUUGAUUUUAUGGAAUACGUGGCAGCUCUGAGCCUGGUCUUGAAGGGAAAAGUGGAACAGAAGCUGAGAUGGUAUUUCAAGCUCUAUGAUGUGGAUGGUAAUGGCUGCAUUGACAGAGGAGAAUUAUUGAAUAUCAUCAAGGCUAUUCGAGCCAUUAACCGAUGUAACGAAACAAUGACCGCUGAGGAAUUCACAGACAUGGUGUUUGAUAAAAUCGAUAUCAACGGAGACGGCGAGCUCUCCUUGGAGGAGUUCAUGGAGGGAGUACAGAAGGACGAGGUGCUCCUUGAAAUCCUCACACGGAGCUUGGACCUGACGCACAUUGUCCGGAUGAUCCAGAAUGAUGGGAAGAACCCACAGGGCUCGGAGCAGACGGAAGGGGCGGCUGAAUAG